AUGUUCAUCUUCAUCAAACAUGGAGAUAAUAAGGAGUUUCUGGUCAAUACCAAUUGCUCUGUCCUCCUGUUGCUGCAUUACAUCCGCAGCGAAAUGAAGUUGCCUAAAACAGACACCAUCGAUUUGUGUGAUGAAACGGGGAUAAUGAAGUUUUUCUUCCUGUCGAAGACACCUGGAGAAUACGCCAGCAAAUUCCUUACAGCUCGAAGCACCUACUACGUUUGUAGGGUGGACCGUGGGGCACCAGGAACCCGACUUGAGAAUGCCUACAAAGCUUUUGUGCCCCUCCUGAAGAAUCCAGAACCUGAGCUAAUUGACACCUUGCGCACACAGUGUGACGUCCUGGAGAAGAACCGAAUAAAAGCGCUUAAAAGCCAAGAAGCCAAGAAAGUCGUUCCAGCUGAAUCCCCCGUGAACGUCCCAUCCAAACCAUCGGGAAGAUCAUCUGAAGAGAGGCCCACUCGCAAGGGUCCAUUCUUUAAGACAAGAGCGGACUUUCUCAAUAGGAGGGAUAAACGUCGCUAACUAAAUAAAGUGACCAAGUGAGAGCAGUAA